AUGACAAACGAGACCACCGCUACCACCGCUCCCCGCACAUGUACCCCAGUCCUAGCGCAAUUCCCCGGCAGUGAUUUCAUAGUCGGCGCCGGCGUAGCCAUUUUCCACAUUGCCACGGCCAGAGUGGUGAUAUGCCGUGCCCAAGACCGCGGCUCGACGUAUUACUUUUUGCCCAAGGGGCGCCGGGACGCGGGGGAAGAGAGCGGGCCUGGUGCUGAGAGGGAGGGCUACGAGGAAGUGUGUGAACCCCAUCAUUAUUACCAUUCAUCACCAACCCUGCGCUCUCCAACAUCUCCAUAA